AUGUCUAUGAGUGACUUUAUUUCCCUUGUGCUCACGCAAAUUGUGGAGCAUCCAUUUCACAUUCUCAUUGAAAUUGUGUUUACCGCCGCCCUCACCGUUGCUCUUUGGAGGAAGCAGGCGCGGCGGAGGAAAAAUCAUUCGAAAGCAGCCGCUUUUGAAAUGCCAUCACUGGAGGAGCAGGAGCUUCGCAUCGCGCAGUUUCAAUCCCAAAUGUUUCGUGCCGACUGCAAAACGACUUCCAACGCCGUGGUGCCCAAUGCAUUGGGGACGGCGGAGGUGGACUCCAGGGAGGGUUGUUACGUUACCAUUCGGAACGUGUCCGAUGGGAGCCUUUUGCGGUGCAUCGACUUUGCGACGGAGGACUUUCAUUCUUUUUCGACCC